UAGAUUGCUGUGUUGUCCUAUUAACACUGUCCUUUAGCUUACUAUAUAUCAGGAAUUUUAUGAGAUCCAAUUUGUGGGUUCUUCGUCUUAGAGCAUAAUACAUUGUUGUUCUUUUCAGGAAAGUUUUCCCUAUAACCAUGUGUUCGAGAUUAUUCCCAAUUUUCUAUUAGUUUCUGUAUUCCUAGUUUAUAUGGAAGUCCAGUAUUCACUUGGAAUUGUACUAUCUACAAGACAAUAAAAAUAGAUUUGCAUUCUCAAAUGCUGAAUGCCAGUUGAACCAGCACCAUUUGUUGAAAAUGCUAUCUUUUUUCAACUAGAUGCAUUUAUCAUCUUUGUCAAAUAUCAAGUGUCCAUAGAUGUGUGGAUUCAUUUCCGGGUCUUCAAUUCUACUCCUCUGAUCUACCUGUCUGCCUCUGUACCAAUACCAUAAAAUUUUUAGCUCUAGUGCUCUGUAAUGCAGCUGGAGAUUUGGAUGAUGAUUCCCCAGAGGUUCUUUUAUUCUUGAGAAUACUUUUCACUAUACUGUUUUUUUUUUAUUCCAAAUGAAUUUGCAGAUUGCUCUUUCUAACUCUGUUAAGAUUAGACUUGGGAUUUUAAUGGGGAUUGCAGUGAAUCUGUAGACUGCUUUCAGCAAGAAGGCCAUUACAAUUUUUUUUUGGUUCUUUUUUUCGGAGCUGGGGACCGAACCCAGGGCCUUGCACUUCCUAGGCAAGUGCUCUACCACUGAGCUAAAUCCCCAACCUUGGCCAUUACAAUAUUAAUCCUGCCAAUCCAUGAGUAUGGGAAAUGUUUGUGUUCCUGAGAUCUUCAAUUUCUUUCUUCAGAAACUUGAAGAUUUUGUCAAACAGAUUCAUACUUGUUUGGUUAGUGUCAUACCAAGGUAUUUGAUAUGAUUUGUGACUGUUGUGAAGGAUGAGACAUCCCUCAGUUCUUUCUUAACCUGUUUAUCCUUUGGGUAGAAGAAGGGAACUGAUUUUUUUGAGUUAUUUUUAUAGCCAGCAACUUUACUGAGGUUGUUUAUCAGGAUUAGAUGUUCUCCAGUGAAAUUUUUGGGGGCACUUAUGUAUACUAUCUUAUAAUCUGCCAAUAGAGAUUUUUGACUUCUUUUUUUGCACUUUGUAUCCCUUUGAACUUUUUUGGUUGUCUAAUUGUUCUGGCUAGGAUUUCAAAUACUACAUUGAAUAGGAGAGUGAGCAACCUUGUCUAAUCACUGAUUUUAGUUGGAUUGCUUCAAGUUUCUCUUUAUUUAGCUUGCUGUUGGCUACUUGUUUUCUGUAUAUUGUUUUUAUUAUAUUUAGAUAUGUGUCUUGAAUUCCUCAUCUUUCCAAGACUUUUAUCUCAAAGGGGUAUCAAAUUAUAUAAAAAGCUUUCAAAGCCUCUAAUGAGAUGAUUAUGUGAUCUUUUUCUUUCAAUCCAUUUAUAUUGUGGAUUAUGUUGAUGAACUAACAUUGAACCAUGCUAGCAUCCCUUGAAUGAAGCCUAUUUGACCAUGAAUAUUCAUUCUGAUAUGUUCUUCAAUUCAUUUUGUGAAAAUCUGAUUAUUUUUGCAUCAGUAUUCUUAAGGGAUAUUGGUCUGAAGUUUUCUUAGUUUUCUAUUUUUAUUCUUAGUGUGGUUUAAGUAUAAGUGCAAUUUUGGUCUCAAUGAAUGAAGUGGGUUCUGUUCCUUCCUUCUGUUUCUAUUUUGUACAAUGGUUUAGACAGUAUUGCCAUUUGGUCUUCUCUGAAUGUCUGAUUGAAUUCAGCACUAAACCAAAUCUGUUCCUGAGCUGUUUUGUUUGGUUGCUUGCUUCUUUGUUAGUUUUGGGAAUUCAUUUAAUGACUGGAUUUAUUUCUUUAGGAGAUAUGGGAUUUUUUACAUGGUUUAUCUGUUCCUGGUUUUACUUUGGUAUGUGAUAUCUGUCUAGAAAUUGUCUAUUUCAUCCAGACUUUCCAGUUUUGUUGAGUAUAUAUUCAAUUGUAAUAGGGUCUGAUGAUUUUUUUGGAUUUCCUCAGUUUCUGUUGCUCUGUCUUCCUUUUCAUUUAUGUUUUGUUAAUUUGGAUAAUGUCGCUGGGUCCUCUGGUUAGUCUAGCUAAGGGUUUAUCUAUCUUGUUGAUAUUCCCAAAGUAUCAACUCCCUGUUUUGUUGAUUAUUUGUAUAGAUUCAUUUUGUUUCUACUUGGUUGAUUUCAGUCCCGAAUGUGACUAUUUCCUGCCUUCUACAUCUCUAGGCUAUAAUUGCUUCUUUUUCUCAUAGAGUUUUCAGGUGUGCUGUCAAGGUGCUUGUGUAUGUUCUGUCAAGUUUCUUUUGGAGGCACUCGGAGAUUUGAGUUUUCCUCUUUGCACUGCUUUCAUUAUCCCAUAAGUUUGGGUGUGUUGUGCCUUCGUUAUCAUUAAAUUCUAAAAAGUUUUUUUUAUUUUUAUUAACUUGAGUAUUUAUUUACAUUUUGAUUGUUAUUCCCCUUCCCAGUUUCUGGGCCAACAUCCCCCUAACCCUCCCCCUUCCUUUUCUAUGGGUGUUCCCCUCCCCAUCCUCUCCCCAUUACCACCCUCCCCCCAACAAUCAUGUUCAGUGAGGGUUCCAUCUUGGCAGGACCAAGGGAUUCCCCUUCCACUGGUGUUCUUACUAGGCUAGUCAUUGCUACCUAUGAGGUUGAAGCCCAGGGUCAGUCCAUGUAUAGUCUAAAAAGUUUUUAAUAUAUGUCUUUAUUUCUUCUUUGUGCAAUUUGACAUUGAGUAGUGUUGUUUAGUUUCCAUGUGUAUGUGGGCUUGGUGUUGUUUUUGUUGUUAUUGAAGAGCAGUCUUAGUCCAGGGUGAUCUGAUAGAAUGUGUAUGAUUAACUCUAUCAUCUUUUGUCUGUUGUGGCCUGUUUUGUGACUGAUUAUAUCAUCAAUUUCGAGGAGGGUACCAUAAGGUGCUGAGAAGAAUGUAUAUUCUUUUGCUUUAGGAUGAAAUGUUCUACAGAUAUCAUUAAAUCCAUUUGGUUCAUAACUUCUGUUAGUUUUACUGUGUCUCUGUUUAGUUUCUAUUUCCAUGAUCUGUCCUUUGAAGACAGUAAGCUGUUGAAUUCACCCACUAAUAUUUGUGAGGUACAAUGUGUGUUUUGAAUUUUAUUAAACUUUCUUCCACCAAUGCAGGUGCCCUUUCAUUUAGAACAUUGAUGUUCAGGAUUUAGAGUUCAUUUUGAUGGAUGUUUCCUUUCAUGAUUUUUAUUACUGUAUGAGUUUUAAUGUGUGCUUUGAACUUCAGUAAUAGUACCUUUGCAAAUGUGAGUGCCCUUGCAUUUGAAGCAUAAGUGUUCAGAAUUAAAAGUUCAUCUUGGUGAUAUUUCCUUUGUUGAGUAUGGAAUGUCCUUCCUUAUCCAUUUUGCUGACUUUCAGUCAAACAUCUAUUUACUUGAUGUAAGAAUGACUACCCCAGCUUGUUUUUUGGGACCAUUUGCUUGGAAUGGUUUUCCUAGACUUUUACUCUGAGGAAAUGUCAGUCUUUUCAUUUAGUUGUGUUUACCUUAUGCAGCAAAAUGCUGGGCUUUUUUUUACAUGUCAAGUCUGUAAAUCUAUGUGUUUGUAUUGUGUAAUUCUGUCCAUUGAUUGUAUGACAGAUUAAGAAAAAAUGAGUGUUGUUUCCUCUUAUUUUGGUUGUUAAACACGGGAUUGAAAUUUUGUGGCUGUCUUGUUUUGGAUUUGUUGUCAGAAUGUUGAUUUCUUGCUUUUUUGGGAGUAGUUUUCAGCGAUGUGGUGGAGUUUUCAAUACAUUAUCCUUUGUUGUCCUGUAUUUGUAAAUGGCAAUGUUUGAAUUUGGCUUUGUCCUGGAAUAUGUUGGUUUCUCCAUUUAUGUUAAUUGAUAGUAUUGCUGGAUAAUGGAGCCUCACCUGACAUAUUUGUUCUCUUACAUUCUGUAUGACAUGUGCCCAAGGUCUUCUAGCUUUUAGGGUCACUGUUGAGAAGUUUGGUGAAAUCUGACGUGUCUGCCUUUAUAUGUAACUUGACCUCUUUCUCUCAAUGCUCUUAAUAGUCCAUCAUUACAUUGUUUUUGCUCUUUUAUUUAUUGUAUGAUUGGAGGAAUUUCUGUUUUGUUCCAUCUAUUUCUCAUACUGUAGGCUAAUUGUAUGUUCAUUGUUUAUUGUCACCUAUUUAUUUUGCUUAGUGAAUUUUUAUUCUGUAACUUUUUUAAGAUAUUUAUUCUGUUGAUAGUGUGUCCUGGAUUUCCUUUAUGUUUUUGAUUAGGAACUUUAUGCAGUUUGCAUUUUCUUUUACUGUUGUGUCAAUGUUUUCAGGGUAUCUUGUACACUUGAGAUUCUCUCCUCUAUCUCUUGUAUUCUGUUGGUGAUGCUUGUGUCUAUGACUCCUGAACUCUUACCUAGGUUUUCCAUAUCCAAGAUUUUGUUCCUUUGUGAUUUCUUUUAUUGUCUAUUUCCUGUUUUAGUUCCUGGAUGGUUUGUUCAUUUCCUUUACCUAUUUGGCUAUGAUUUCCUCUAUUUCUUUAAUGGGUUUAGGUAUUAGCUCUUCAAGGCCAUCUGGCAGCUUACCCGUGUUCUAUUGUACUUCUUUCAGGGACUUAUUUAUUAAUGUCUAUCGUCAUCUUCUUUCAUCUUCAUGAGAUGUGAUUUUUAGAAGUGAAUCUUGCUUUUCAGGUGUCUUGGGGUAUCCAGGGCUUCCUGUGGUGGGAGAACUGAUUUCUGAUGUUGCUAAGUAACAAUAAUUACUUAUGCUUAUGUCACUGUGUUUGUCUCAUGCUAUCUGGUUUUCUCUGGUAUGAACUGGUCUUGCUGUCCCUGAAUUGAUCCUGCACUUCCUGUGAGUUUGUGAACUUGUGAUGCUGGUUAUUUCAAAGUGCUGCAGAACAAGCUGCCUCUGGGUAUGGGCAGAGUAAGUGGAUAUCCAGAGCCCUGUAUUUCCUCCUGUGUUCCUGUGCAAGCUAGAAGGCAUGAAUACAUCUUUCUGGGCAAGGCUCCUGUGUCCUCCGUGUCCUGGCGGUUUACAGAUACUGAAUCAGUGGUUGUGGUCACACCUGUGAUCAUCACACUGUCAGAAGUUCUGGAGGAUAAGCUGCCUCUAGCUGUGUGUGGGUUAGAGAGGUGUGAGUAGAGGCUCUGCUCACAGGGGCAGGGACAAACUGGAUGGAAUGUGUGCUUCCAGCUAGGUAGAGCUGACUGUGUUUCUAGGGUCCUGUGAGGUACCAGUUCAGAUAUUGGAAGAUUUUGGUCCCAUCUGUAGUCCUAGUUCAGUCAGAAUUCUGGAGGAACAAUCUAUCUCUGGUGUGGAUAGGUUCAGAAGAGUGGAGCAUUUUCUGUUUUGCUAUUAAAGCUUGAAACCAAAUAGUAAUUACAUAAUUAAUUUUGUCUUUCUCCUCCAAUGUCAUCUGUUUUUUUUUUUUUUGUUGAUAAGAGGCAGAGCAGUCUGCCAAGAUUUUCUUUUUUCUUUCUUUCUUUUUUUUAUUAACUUGAGUGUUUUUUAUUUACAUUUUGAGGGUUAUUCCCUUUCCAGGUUCCUGGGCAAACAUCCCCCUAAUCCCUACCCCUCCGCUUCUUUGUGGGUAUUCCCCUCCCCAUCCUCCCCCCAUUGCCGCCCUCCCCCCAACAAUCACGUUCACUGGGGGUUCAGUCUUAGCAGGACCAAGGGCUUCCCCUUCCACUGGUGAUCUUACUAGGAUAUUCAUUGCUACCUAUGAGAUCAGAGUCCGGGGUCAGUCCAUGUAUAGUCUUUAGGUAGUGGCUUAGUCCCUGGAAGCUCUGCUUGCUUGGCAUUGUUGUUCAUAAGGGGUCUCGAGCCCCUUCAAGCUCUUGCAGUUCUUUCUCUGAUUCCUUCAACGGGGGUCCUAUUCUCAGUUCAGUGGUUUGCUGCUGGCAUUUGCCUCUGUAUUUGCUGUAUUCUGGCUGUGUCUCUCAGGAGAGAUCUGAUUAUGUAAGUUCUUAAAUAAACACUGGGUAAUAUAAAUAAGGCUGCUAUGAAUAUAGUGGAGCACGUGUCUUUUUUAUAUGUUUAAUAUAUGGAAAACCACCAACUUGAUCCAUUAUAUAAACAAACUGAAAGAACAAAACCACAUGAUCAUUUCAUUAGAUGCUGAGAAAGCAUUUGACACAAUUCAACACCCCUUCAUGAUAAAAGUCCUGGAAAGAAUAGGAAUUCAAGGCCCAUACCUAAACAGAGUAAAAGCCAUAUACAGCAAACCAGUUGCUAACAUUAAACUAAAUGGGGAGAAACUUGAAGCAAUCCCACUAAAAUCAGGGACUAGACAAGGCUGCCCACUCUCUCCCUACUUAUUCAAUAUAGUUCUUGAAGUUCUAGCCAGAGCAAUCAGACAGCAAAAGGAGGCCAAGGGGAUACAGAUCGGAAAAGAAGAAGUCAAAAUAUCACUAUUUGCAGAUGAUAUGAUAGUAUAUUUAAGUGAUCCCAAAAGUUCCACCAGAGAACUACUAAAGCUGAUAAACAACUUUAGCAAAGUGGCUGGGUAUAAAAUUAACUCAAAUAAAUCAGUAGCCUUCCUCUACACAAAAGAGAAACAAGCCAAGAAAGAAAUUAGGGAAACGACACCCUUCAUAAUAGACCCAAAUAAUAUAAAGUACCUCUGUGUGACUUUAACCAGGCAAGUAAAAGAUCUGUACAAUAAGAACUUCAAGACACUGAAGAAAGAAACUGAAGAAGACCUCAGAAGAUGGAAAGAUCUCCCAUGCUCAUGGAUUGGCAGGAUUAAUAUAGUAAAAAUGGCCAUUUUACCAAAAGCGAUCUACAGAUUCAAUGCAAUCCCCAUCAAAAUACCAAUCCAAUUCUUCAAAGAGUUAGACAGAACAAUUUGCAAAUUCAUCUGUUUUCAUUUUAUAUGCUUGUAUAUAUAGUGUACAUUUCUCUCUCUCUCUCUCUCUCUCUCUCUCUCUCUCUCUCUCUCUCUCUCUCUCUCUCUCCUUCUCUCUGUGUGUAUGUGUUUCUGUGUGUGUUUCGAUGUGUGUCUGUUUGUGUGUGUGCACAUACAGAGGAACUAGUGAAAACUCUAUGUCCUCUGUGUUUACCAAUCUUGUAUCUCAACUCAACAUCCCUUAUUUUAUUUAGUGAGUACAGUUCACUAGGUGUCUUCAUUCCUUUGUCUUUGUUUUUUACAUUCAUUUGUCCAUCUUUUCCAUGAACUUCCCUGAGCUCUGAAUAGAGACUUGAUGGAGAUAUCACCUUUGUUGCAGUGUUUUGUAAGCUCUCUCUCUCUCUCUCUCUCUCUCUCUCUCUCUCUCUCUCUCUCUCUCAUUCUCUCUCCCUCUUCUCUUCUCUUCUCUUCUCUUUAAUUCUCUUUUAUCCUCUUCUCUUAUCUCUCCUUUCUCUCUUUCUUUUUUCUCCCUGUUUCUGCUAAAUAUUUCAUUGUGACCAUUUGUACUUGGUAUCAUAUCUUGCAAUGAGAAAGCUUCAGAAAUGACAUUUCUAAUGAUUAUACUUAUACAACUCACUGUCAACAGGGAGCCUGAAAAGGUGCCCAAAGUAGAACUUUAAUUCCUCCAUAGUAGUAUCUGAUUUGGGGAAUGUUGUCUGUAGGUUACUAAAAAAGAAAUGUGAGACCCAAGACCCAAGCCAAUAUCAAAAUAUUUGAUUUAUAAUGCAGAGUGUCCUGAAAAAUAUUUAGGGCAAAGUAGCACAAAUCUUGUGGAAGUAAAAACUACCAUCUGACUUGCCAUAUUACACACUUGUUCCAUGAGGCAAAACCAAUAACUGAAAGAGGUUGGGAGAAGAAUAAGAAUUAAAUAGAUAGCCCAGAGCCCAAGGUGUUAUGUACUUGUAGAUCUGUGACUUACUUAAUCAUCACCAGUUCCACGGUAAUACAUUGUGAUAUAUUAAAAAACAAAUAUCAAAAACAAGAAAAGGAACAAAAGGAAAAUAGAAUGAAGAAAACAAAUCAAAAAUCAAAAACAAAAUGAAUAAAACAAAACCAAAACAAUCAAGCAGAAUAAAAGUUAAAUGAAUGGAAAAAAUGAAGGACAUACCACUGUGAGAAUUGUGUUGAAAGGACUUGAACCAGCAGGACCACAAAAAGAUAAGGGAUAUUGGAGAAAGAAGUAAAUAAUUUUUAGUAUUAACAUGUGGUAUUCAUUUAUUAAUUAAUCAAAAUUUGUAUUCUAUCAUUAUUUAGGAGCAUAUAUUCAUUGAAAGUAUAAUGAAUUUUAGCCAUUAACAUUAAAAAUCCCUGUACAAUGUAAAAUAAUAGCCAUGAUAUACAUUAUAAAAAGUUAAUAAGAAUAACUUCUUCUCAAGGAAAGUUGGAAAAAAUGGAAGGCAUAUUAAGGGUAGGUGUGUACUUUGCCAGAAGGUUGGUUCUCAUAUGUGACUGAGGUAUAUGGGAGAAAACUGUGUUACUUUUACUCAGCCAUGCAUGUGCUAGUCACAGGGUAACAAUAUAAAUACAGUCAUAACUCUUAAAAUUUCAGUCAAGUAUGCAAAAUCUAAAUUUGAAAAUUGAGAAUAACUUUACAGGAAGGCAUAUGUUGGGAAGAUAUAAUUUUGGAGUAUCUGUGGGCAUUUGAUGAACUGGUUGCAUAGGGAAAGUAGUAUUUUUCAGGGAGAAUUAGUAUUAGAGGGUACUUCUGCUCCUGUAGAUCUGUUUGAAUCUGAACCCAUAUUAGAGGCCUAAAUUGGUCAUGUGUGUAUUAAAAAGUGAUCAAAUUAAGUGGUCAUAGAUUGUUUAAGUCAUAGAUAUUAUGGGUAACAUUAAUUUAUUGUAUGUAAUGGUUGCAUUUUUACCAAAUUAUAUGACAAUAACUAUUUUACAUUUUUUGUUUAGAUACUAUACCAAUAUACACAAUGUGAUUCUCUGUACCAUAAAAUCAAACAUGUAGCCACAUACAAGGAAAUCAUUGAAAUAUGCCUAGAUAUUUGGAUAUUUCUUUUCUAAAAUAAACACCUAUUAAUAUUUCUUUAGCAUUAUUAUAAUGUAAGAGGUGGUGUACACUGUGGUAAAUAGUUUUAUGAAGUUAGAAACAAGUACGUCUUCAAAUAAUUUCAUGUGCAGUGACUGCAAGUUGUAAUGUGCAUAAGAAUAUGAGCUAGUGUGAUACAUUUCCAAAUAAUCAAAUAUCAUUGCCUAUUGCCACAGGAAGAUUACAAAAUCUCAGCACUGAAGUACAUUUGAUAGCCCAUGAUUACAAGCAGAAGUCCCUAGACACAAAUGGAGGCUUUGUUUUAGGUACUAUUACCUAAAUACAGGUUCAAAGGUGCGGGCAUUACUGACCAGUUUCCUAUUUGAGUUAGAGCUAGAAAUUAAACAGCAAUAACAUAAUAUUUUGUUCUGUCUCCUUCCAUUUUGUCUUUACUUUAUUUCUGAUGCAACAGGCAGGGAGGGGGGAGCAGAAAUAGAGGAAAUAUGAUGGAGAAAUCUCCAUGGUAACAACAGGCUUUUACUUUCUUUGUCAUUUACUGAGAUCUCUCUUCUGAUUGGUCCCAAAUAUUUUCCCUAUUUUCUUAUGAAUACUCAACCAUUCUGUGUCAAUCAGAGCUAAAGAGAUCUCUUCACAUAAAAUUUUUCCAGUAAUUCUCAUGGUAGAUAUCUCGUUGUCAGCUUACACCUGGUCCUUGACAUAGAUUUACUUCAAGCUGCUUCUCAGAGAAGGAGGAGUGCUCUGGAAAACUGAAGAUGAAUAUGAAACUGGAAAAUUAGCAUGGUCCAGUAAUGUGUUAUGAUGUUUAACAUUCUUCUCUAAAUGAAAAUGCACCUGUUUGCUGUGCUGUGUAUUUCUCAUUGCUUCUGGUCAUGCCUUCAGUUUUAAGAUCUAUCAUUCAGUAUUCAGCCUUGGAUUUCUUCUUGAUCUGCAAUGAUAGUGUAUUUCAUCAGUCCUCAGUAUCUGACAGAGACAGGAAUCUUGUUGCUCCUUAAUCAUCUUUGGCAGAUUAGAUCUGCAGAGAAUUUUUAUAUCAUGAUAGCAGUGAUCAUUUGGCAUCAUGAAGCUUUCAGGAACAUUUUUGACAUCACCUUACCUAGUAUAGCACUCCCAUCUGAGUGUACUAAAACUGAAACACUGCAAUUCUGCUUUCCUAUUUUCUUAGUACUAUCAAAGUCUGAGAUAUUUUAUAUUAUUUAGCAAUCCAAAUUUUAACAUAAUUUUUAAGUUGUUAUUGUUGGGAACAAACAUAAUUCCAUGUUCAUCCAUACAUAUCUGCAAUUUUAUUCUUUACGAACUGUCAAACUAAAAUUUACCAUGUACUCCAAUUUACAAUGUUACUAUACCAAAAUUUCUUUAUUUUUUGACUUUUCAAUCUCAUCUUAUUAAAGUUUCCAACCACCAUGAUUUGUCAUAGUAAAUUAGGUUAGCUAUAUUGCUCUCUUUAAUUACAAUUAAUAUCAUUGGCCAUGUUUUCAAUAGUGAUUAUUAUUUAUCAUCCUAUGUGUAUUGUGUGUCCUGUGGUAAUUUUACAAAAUUCACGUUUUUGUUCCUCGUCAUAAUUUAAGAAUGUUAAUUGCAUUUAAGUUUAUGUAAAUACUGAUAUGUAUAAUAAUCAAGUGAUGAUAAUAGACUGAAUCAAUUCAGCUCUAUUUCCUGUCUUAUAAUUAUUUUUGUUUUCUCAUCAGUUUUGAAAUUGCUAAUACAUGUUUACAACAGGAAAUGUUCUUCUCAAUAUCUCUACCAAAUUUAUCAUCUCAUUUUCUUGUUAACUAUUUAGUUAAGUAUUUGGUUUUAGAUCAGUGAAUUUUUUCAUUGUUCUCUCCAUCAUCUGUGUUCUUUUUGAUUCAAUAUAUUUAACAUAAUUAUAAACCUUGAUGACUUAGCCGAUUUUUGGACUCAUUUAUGAAAAAAAGUGUGUUGAUCUGACAAAUUUGCUGACAAUUUUGAAUAUGGGUUGUGGAUAUAGAAAUAGAUGAUUAGUCAAAAAUAUACUCUCCUUGGAAGAUACCUCAUUUACCCUAUAUAACACCUAUAGGAUCCACCAGAAAGAAUGAUAGGCUUUGGUAUUUUCAAACCCCAGUCACUUGUGAUUCUUGAAUGUUUCCCAAAAACAAGUGCUAGACAAUGUGUAUCUGCCCAUACAUUUAAUAAUGGUAUGAGUGUUUUAUUGUUUUACAAAUAAAGUUCUUAUUGGAUUAAAUGUCCAUCCUGAUGGAGGUAAGAUUCUAUGUGGGUUUUAUGGGUCUUUUAUACAAACACUUAUUAAAAAUAUAGAUAUUGUCUUUAGUGAAGAAACAGCUCAUAAUGAUUUCAUAAAUGAAUGUAGUAUCAGGUAAAAAUCCCAUACAUUUAUAUUUAUUCUCCUAAACUAUGACUAUAUUCCAUGUCUAUUAAGUCAUAUCCAUUUCUUAAUUUUCAUCAUUUGUGUCACCCUUGCCUUGUAGUCAAAUACAAAAAAAAGGAAAAUUUCCCAUUCAUUUUUCAAUAAGGCUUUACCAAAGUAAGUCCUACGACAAAAGUGCUUCAGUAAACUACUAUAGUGCAAAAACUGUGAGUUAUUUAGGUAGAACUGUUUAAAACUCAUAGACUCUUGAGAAAAGAGGGAGCUGGAAAGAAAGGAAGAGAUAAAAGUAUACAUCAAGGGGCUCACUAUUCUUUUAUUCCAAAUAAAACAGAACCUACCUUGGGCAAUCAUCUGUGCUACAUGAUAAAUAGAUUUCCCAGUUGGCCUAGAAGUUUGUUCACAUCUCCUCAUUAAUGACAGGAAAAGGCAAGAGAUCCUGCUUCUAGUAUCACAUGCUCAGACAAUUUAUUUUCUGAAAGUCUACACCUAAUGAAUAUUACCAUUAAUGUUUACUUAAAAAUAAAAGCAAAGGAAGAGUAUUGGUGGUUGGCUUUAAUGUGAAAUAUAAGAGAAUCAUCACUCUUACAGGGUAAUGAUUUUCUAGGCAGUGUAAUUCUCAUAUCACUAAACCCAGAAAAUAGUAAAUAACCAAUGCUCUGAGAUUUUUAUCAAUAAUCUUAUGUGUUACCUAGGUAGAACCUUGAGGAACUUCUAUAUUGACUUGUUAUUUUGAUGUUAGUUAGAGGGAGUAGACAUUGUUAUAUCUCAACUUAUUGUUUUUCAAUUGUAUAUUGGGUAUUCUGAGCUUUUGAGAUAAAAUCUGCUUAUCAGUGAGUGCGUACAAUGUGUGUUAUUUUUUGAGUGGGUUACCUCUGUCAUGAUUGAUAUUUUUUUGUUUCAUCUAUUUAGCUAAGAAUUUCAUGAAUUCAUUGUUUUGUAUAGUUGAGUAGAAAUCCAUUGUGUAUAGGUACCAUAUUUACUCUAUUCAUUAAUCUCUUGAAAGACAUCUGGGUUCUUUCCAGCAUCUGGCUAUUAUAAAUAAGGCUGCUAUGAAUAUAGUAGAUGCAUCCAUAUAAUAUGGUGGAACAUCUUUUCAGUGUAUGCUCAGGAGUGGUAUACCUGAGUACUGAAAUAGUGCUAUCUCUAAUUUUUUAAGGAAACAUCAGACUGAUUUCUAGAGUGCUUGUUCCAGCUUUCAAUCCCACCACCUAUGGAGGAGUGUUCCUCUUUUUCCCCAAAUUCCACAGAAGCUGCUAUCACUUCAGUUUUGAUGUUAGCCAUUUUGACUGUUUUGAGGUGGAAUCUCAGAGUUAUUUUGAUUUGCAUUUCCCUGAUGACUAUCAAUGUUAAACAUUUCUUUAUGUGCUUCUAGGACAUUCAAAAUUUCUCAGUUGAGAAUUAUUUUUUAUCUCUGUAGCCCACGUUAAAAAGAGUUAAUUGAUUCUCUAGAGACGAAUUUCUUGUAUUCUUUAUAUAUGUAAUGGAUAUUAGCCAUCUAUCUGACGUAAGACCUUUCACAAUCUGUUGGUAGAUGUUUUGUCUUGUUGACAGUGUCCUUUCCUUACAAUAGCAUCGGAAUUUUAUGAGGUCUAAUUUGUUGAUUCUUAAUCUUAGAGCCUAAGACAUUGGUGUUCUGUUCAGCAAAAUUUCCCCCUUACCCAUAUGUUCUAGUCUAUCCCCAUCUUUCUACUAGUUUCUCUAUUUCUGAUUUUAUAUGGAAGUCCAAUAUUCAGUUGGAGUUGAACUUUGAGAAAGACAAUGAAAAUAGAUAGAUUUGCAUUCUUAAAUGAAGACUAUGCAGUUGAACCAACACCGUUUGUUGAGAUGCUAUCUUUUCCAACUUAACGGUUUUACCACCUUGUCAAUUAUCAAGUGACUAUAGGUGUGAGUUUUCAUUUCUGGGCCUUCAGUUCUAUUGCACUUAUCUACCUGUCUGUCUUUGUACUGCUACCAUAUAAUUUUUAUCACUAUUGAUCUGUAAUAUAACUGGAGAUUGGUGACGGUGAUUCCCCAGACAUUCUUUUAUUCUUGAGGAUAGUUAUCACUAUCCUGGUGUUUUUUUGCUUUUUUUGUUUUAUUGUUAUUCCAAAUAAAGAUGCAAAUUUCUCUUUCUAACUCUCUGAAGAUGUGGCUUGGGAUUUUAAGUGUGGAUUAUAUUGAAUCUGUAGAUUGCUUUCAGCAAGUUGGCCAUUAUUACUAUAUUAAUCCUGUCAAUCCAUGAGAAUAUGAGAUCUUUGUUUUCUUGAGGUCUUCAAUUUUUUUCUUCAGAAAGUUGAAGAUCUUGUCAUACAGAUCUUUUAUUUGCUUUGUUAGUGUCACACAAGGUAUUUUGUAUGAUUUGGGACUAUUGUGAAUAGUGUCAUAUCUCUAAUGUCUUUCUUAACCUGUUUAUCCUCUGGGUAGAGGAAGGCUACUGAUUUGUUUGAGUUAUUUUUAUACCCGCAACUUUGCUGAAGUUGUUUGUCAGGUUAGGGCUUCUCUAGUGGAAUUCUUCUGGCUAGAACUACAAGUACUACAUUGAAUUGGUAGAGAGAGAGUGGGCAUCCUUGUCUAGUCCCUGAUUUUAGUGGGAUUGCUUUAAAUUUCUCUUAAUUUAGCUUGCUGUUGCAUACUGAUUUGCUAUGUAUUGCUUUUACUAUAUUUAGCUAUGGGCUUGAAUUCCUGAUCUUUCCAAGACGUUUAUCUCAAAAAGGUAUUACAUUUUGUAAAAUGCUUUCAUCACAUCUAAUGAGAUGAUAAUAUAAUUUUUUCCUUGAAUACAUUUAUAUUGUGGAUUACACUGAUGAAUUUACUAAUAUUUAACCAUCCCAGAAUCCCUAGUAUGAAGCCUACUUGAUCAUGAUAGAUGUUCAUUCUGAUGUGUUCUUGGAUUCAGUUUGUGAGAUUCUGAUUCCUUUUGCAUCAAUAUUCAUAAGGGAUAUUUGUCUGUAGCUCUCUUUAUUUGUUUGGUGUUAGUGUGCUUUAAGUAUAAGUGAAUUUUUGCCUCAAAGAUGAAAUAGGUUGUGAUUGCUCCACCUGUUUAAAUUUUUGGAAUGUUUUGAACAAUAUUCGCAUUUGAUCUUCUGGUGAAGGUCUGAUAAAAUUCAGCACUAAAUCAAAUCUGUUCAUGAGCUUUCUUGUUUGCUUGCUUGUUUGUUUUGGGGAGAUAUUUAAUGACUGGCUCUAUUUCUUUAGGAGAUAUGGGAUUUUUGCAUGGUUUAUCUGUUCCUGGUUUUAUUUGGUAUGUGAUAUCUGUCUUGAAAAAUGUCCAUUUCAUCCAGCUUUCCAGUUUUUUUGAGUAUAGGCAUUACUAUUAGGAUCUGGUGAGUGUUUUUUUUUUGCAUCUCCUCAUUUUCUGCUGUCAUGUCUUCAUUUUCAUCAUGAUUUUGUUAAUUUGGAUAAUGUCGCUUGGCCCUCUGGUUAGUCUAGCUAUGGUUUAUCUAUCUUCUCGAUUUGCUCAAUGUAACAGCUCCUGGUUUUGUUGAUUCUUUGUAUAUUUCUUUUCAUUUCUACUUGGUUGAUUUCAGCCCAAAAUUUGUCUAUUUCCUGCCUUCUACAGCCCUUGUCUCUAAUUGCUUUUUUCUCUAGAGCUUUCAGGUGUGCUGUAAAGGUGCUAGUGCAUGCUCUCUUUAGUUACUUUUUGGGGCACUCAGAGCUAUGAGUUUUCCUCUUUGUACUACUUUCAUUAUCCCAUAAGUUUGAGUAUGUUGUUCAUUAUCAUUAAAUUCUAAAAAGUCUUUAACUUCUUUAUUUCUUUCUUGGCCAAAUUGCCAUUGAGUUGUUCAACUUCAAUGUGCAUAUGGGUUGUGUAUUGUUUUUGUUGAUAUUGAAGACUAGUCUUAGUCCAGGGUGAUCUGAUAGGAUGCAUGGAAUUCUUUCUAUCAUCUUUUGUCUGAUGAGGCCUGUUUUGUGACUGAUUAUAUAGUCAAUUUUGGAGAAGGUAAUAUAGGUGCUGAGAAUUAGGUAUAUUCUUUUGUUUUAGGACCAACUGUUCUAUAGAUAUUGUUAAAUCCAUUUAGUUCAUAACUUUGGUUAAUUUCACUGUAUCACUGUUUGGUUUCUGUUUCCAUGAUUUGUCCUUUGAUGAUGGUGUGUUGUUGAAUUCACUCACAAUUAUUUGUGAGGUAAAUUUUCUUCAAUCAAUGCAGGGGCCCUUGAUUUAAGAGUAGCUUGUUUCUUGGGACCAUUUGCUUGGAAUGAUUUUUUCAGCCUUUUACUCUGAAGAAGUGUCUGUUUUUUCAUUUACAUGUUUUUACUUUUUGCAGCAAAAUGCUGGGCCCUUUUUACAUAUGCAUUCUUUAGAUCUAUGUGUUUGCCUUGUGUAAUUGAGUCCAUUGAUUGUAAGAACGAUUAAGAAAAAAUGAAUUUUCUUCCUCUUAGUUUGGUUAUAAGACAUGGGAUUAUAAUUUUGCAUCUCUCUUCUUUUGGGCUUGUUGUCAGAAUGUUAAUUCUUGCUUUUACUUGGGAGUAGUUUUCAUUGAUGUGCUGGAGUUUUCCAUACAUUAGCCUUUGUUCUCCUGUAUUUGUGAAUGGAAUUGUUUGAAUUCUGGUUUGUCCUGGAAUAUCUUGGUUUCUCUAACUAAGUUAAUUCAGAGUUUUGCUGAGUAAUGUAUCCUCAGCUGACAUUUUUUUCUUUUAGGUUGUGUAUGGCAUGUGGCCUAGGUAGUCUAUCUUUUAGUGUCUCUGUAGAGAAGACUGGUAUAAUCUGACAGGUCUGGCUUUAUACGUAACGUUUUCUUACAAUACUCUUAAUAGUGUAUCAUUGCAUUGUGUAUUUGCUGUUUUAUUUAUUAUGUGAUUAGAGGAAUUUCUGUCUUAUUCCAUCUAUUUGACUUUCUGUAGACUAAUUGUAUGUUUAUUGUUUAUUAUCACCUAUUUCUUUUGCUUAGUGAAUUUUUCUGAUGUAAUUUUUUUGUGAUAUCUAUUCCCUUGAUAUUGUGUCCUGGAUUUACUGGAUGUUUUUGAUUAGGAACUUUAUGCAGGUUACAUUUUCUUUGACGGUUGUGUCAAUGUUUACAUGGUAUCUUGUACAACUGGGAUUCUUGUUCUCUCUUUGUAUUAUCUUGGUGAUACAUAUAUGACUCCUGAUCUCUUUCAUAUUUUUUUCCAUAUACAUUUUUUCCUUAGUGAUUGCUUCUAGUGUCUGUUUCCAGUUUUAGUUCCUGGAUGGUUAUGUUCAUUUUCUUUACCUGUUUGGCUCUGAUUUCCUCUAUUUCUUCAAGGGGUUUAUGUAUUAGUUCUUCAAGUGGUUCUCCAGGCUUACUUGUGUUCCAUUGUAGUUCUUUAAGGGACUUAUUUAUUAACAUCUAUCAUCAUCUUCUAUUAUCUUCAUGAGAUGGAAUUUUACAUCUGAAUCUUGCUUCUCAGGUGUCUUGGGGUAUCUAGGGCUUCUUGUGGUAGGAGAACUGAUUAGUGAUGUUGCCAAGUAGCAGUGAUUUUUUUAUGCUUAUGUCACUGUUUUUGUCUCAUUCUAUCUAGUUUUCUCUGGUAUGAACUGCUCUUAGUAUCUCUGAAUUGAGCCUAUCCUUCCUCUGAGAUUUUGAAUUGGUGAUUGUGGUUGUUUCAAAAGUGCUGCAGAACAAGCUGGUUCUGGGUUUCGGCAGAGUAAGUGGACAUCCAGAGCCCUGUACUUCCUCCUGUGUCCCAGUGCAAUCUGAAAGGAAUGUGUAUGACUUGCUGGGCAAGGUUCAUUUGCCCUUCAGGUCCUCGGGAUUUGCAGUAGAGCCAGAUACUGAAUCAGUGGUGGGGAUCACACCUGUGAUCCUGUUACUGCCAGAAGUCCUGGGGGACAAGCUGCCUCUAGCUGUGUGUGGGUUAGAGAUGUGGGAGCAGAGGCUCUGCUUGUAGGGGUAGGGGGAAACUGGAUGGAAUAUGUGCCUCCAGCUAGGCAGAGGUGCCUGUGUUUCCUGAGUUCUGUGAGGUACCUGUUAGCUCAGGUAUUAGAAGAGUUUGGUCUCAUCUGUAAUCCUAUUUCUGUCAGAAGUCUGGAGGCACAAUCUCUCUGGUGUAGCUGGUUUGGGAAGAAUGGAGCACUCAUUUCUUUUCAAUUAGAGCUUGGAACCAAAUAAUAAUUACAUAAUUUGUUCUUUCUCCUCCAAUGUCUUCUGUUUUCAACAUAUGUGUGUAUACAUAUAUAUGUGUGUGUGUGUGUGUGUGUGUGUGUGUGUGUGUGUGUGUUUCUGUCUGUUUCUGUGUGUGUUUUCCUGUGUCUGUAUGUGUGCACAUACAGAGGAACUAAGGGAAAAUUAUAUGUCCUCUGUGCUUACCAGUCUUGAUCUCAUCUCAACCCUCCAUAUUUUAUUUAGUGAGUACAGUUCUCUGGGUGUCUUCAUGCCUUUGUCUUUGUUUUUUAUAUGCAUUCUCCACUCUUUUCCAUGAAGGUCCCUGAGCUGUGAAUGGAGAGACUUAAAGGAGAUUUCACAUUUGUUGCACUGUUUUCUAAGUUCACUCUAUAUCGCUCCUGUCUUUCCUCUCUUCUCUUCCUUUUCUCCUCUCUUCUCUUUGUUUCUUUUCUCUUCUCUCUCCUUUCUAUCUUUCUUUUUUCCUGUCUCUACUAAAUAUUUCAUUUUGGACAUUUGUACUUGUAAUCUUUUUCUGGAAUGAGAAAACUUCAGAUAAUGCCAUUUCUAAUAAUACUUAUGCAGUUCACUAUCAACAGAGCUAUUGAAAAAGUGCCUAAGAUAGAACAUUAAUUCCUCCAUAUUAGUGCCCUAUGUGGGGAAUGUUAUCUGUAGGUUGCUAAAAAAGAAUGUAAGAACCAAACCAAUAUCAAAAUCUUUGAUUUAUAAUGCAGAGUGUCUUUCAAAAUAUUUAGGGUAAAGGUAGCACACAUCUUGUGGAAGUAAAAACUACCAUCUGAUUUGCUGUAUUGCACACUUGCUCCCUGAGGCAGAAUCCAUAAGUGUAAGAGGUUGGGAGAAGAAUAACGAUUAAGUAGAUAGCCCAGAGUCCUAGAAUUAUAUACUUGUAGAUCUAUGACUUACUUAGUCAUCACCAGUUCCAGGAUUAUACAUUGCAAUAUAUUAAAAAAAAGGAUAUCCAAAACAAUAAAAAGGAAAAAUAGGUAGACAGAAUGAAGAAAACAAAUCAAAAAUCAAAAACAAAAUGAAAAAAACCGAAACCAAAACAAACAAGCAGAACAGAAGUUAAAUGAGUGGGAAAAAAUGAGGGACAUACCUAUCUCUAUGAGAAUUCUGUUGAAAUUAUUUGAACCAGCAGGACCAAAAAGGGGUGAGGGAUAUUGGAGAAAGAAGUAAAUAAUGUUUAGUAUUAACAAGUAUUAUUCAUUUAGUAAUUACUGAAAAAUUCUAUUCUAUCAUUAUUUAAGAGCUUAUAUUCAUUGAAACUGUAAUGAAUUUUCACCCAUUAACAGUAAAAAUCUCUGUGCAAUACAAAAUAACAACCAUGACAUACAUUUUUUUUAUCUUUACUAACUUGAGUAUUCCUUAUUUACAUUACGAUUGUUAUUCUCCUUCCUGGUUUCCGGGCCAACAUCCCCCUAGCCCCUAGCCUUACUCUUCUAUAUGGGUGUUCCCCUCCCCAUCCUCCCCCAUUACCACCCUCCUCCCAACAAUCAUGCUCACUGGGGAUUCAGUCUUGGCAGGACCAAGGGCUUCCCCUUCCACUGGUGUUCUUACUAGGCUAUUCAUUGCUACCUAUGAGGUUGGAGCCCAGGGUAAGUCCAUGUAUAAUCUAUAGGUAGUGGCUUAGUCUCUGGAAGCUCUGGUUGGUUAGCAUUGUUGUUCAUAUGAGGUCUCAAGCCCCGUCAAGCUCUUCCACUCCUUUCUAAGAUUCCUUCAACGGGGGUCCCGUUCUCAGUUUAGUGGUUUGCUGCUGGCAUUCAUCUAUGUAUUUGCUGUAUUCUGACUGUGUCUCUCAGGAGAGAUCUACAUCUGGUUCCUGUCAGCCUGCACUUCUUUGCUUCAUUCAUCUUAUCUAGUUUGGUGGCUGUAUAUGUAUGGGCCACAUGUGGGGCAGGCUCUGAAUGGGUGUUCCUUCUGCCUCUGUUUUAAUCUUUGCCUCCCUAUUCCCUGCCAAGGGUAUUCUUGUUCCCCUUUUAAAGAAGGAGUGAAGCAUUCGCAUUUUGGUCAUCUUUCUUGAGUUUCAUGGAUUCUGUGCAUCUAGGGUAAUGCAAGCAUUUGAGCUAAUAGCCACUUAUCAAUGAAUGCAUACCAUGUGUGUUUUUCCAUGGCAUAUAUUUAACCAGUUAAUAAAAAUUACUGUUUCUCAAAGAAAGAAAGUUGGAAAAAAUUGGAAAGCAUAUCCAGGGUAGAUGUGUACUUUGUCAGAAGGUUGGUUCUUAUGUGAGAUUGAGCGUAUAAAAGAGACAACUGUGUUAUUUUCACUCAGUUGUGUAUGUGCUAGUCACAGGGCAACAAUAUAUACACAGUCAUAUAUCUUAAAAUUUUAAGUAUGCAAAAUCUAAAAUUGAAAAUUCAGAAUAACUUUACAGGAAGGCAUCCGGGUUGGGAAGAUAUAAAUUUGCACUAGCCUUGGACAUUUGAUGAACUAGUUGCAGAGGGAUCAUAAUAUUUUUUAGGGAGGAUUAGCAUCAGAGGGUACUUUUGUUCCUGUAGAUCUGUUUGAAUCUAAGCCUAUAUUGAUAGGGCUAAAUUGGUUGUGUAUGUAUUAAAAAGUGUUCAAAUUAAGUGACCAUGGAUUAUUAAAGUUACAUAUAUUGUGGAUAAACAUAAUUUAUUGUAUGAAAUAGUUGUAUUUUUACCAAAUUAUAUGACACCUUAUUAACAAAGUUUUCAUAUAAAUAGCAUACCCACAUAAACAAUGUGUACAAUAAAAUCAAACAUGUAGCCACAUGCAAAGAAAUUAUUGGAAUGUGCCUAGAUUUUGGGUAUUUCUUUUCUAAAAUAAACACCUCUUAAUAUUUCUUUAGCAAUAUGCAGAUUUAAGAGGUGGUGUAUCCUGUAGUAUAUAGAUUUAUGAAAUUAGAAAUAAGUAUGACUAGAUAAUUUCACAUGCAGAGAUUGCAAGUUGUAAUGUGCAUAAGUAUAUGAAGUAGUGGUAAAUUUUCAAAUAAUCAUAGCUCAUUGCAUAUUGCCACAGUAAGAUUAUAAGGGCUAAGGACUUCAGUUUAUUUGAUAGCCCAUGAUUACAAACAGAAGUCCCUAGACACAAAUGGAGGCUUUAUUUUAGGAACCAUUACCUAGAUACAGGCUUAAAGGUGCAGGCAUUGCUGACCAGUGAUUUUGUUUUAAUAAGAGUCAGAAAUUAAAGAAUAAUAACAUAAUAUAUCUUUCUUUCACUCUCUCUUUUAUCUUUACUGUAUUUCUGAUGCAACAGGCAGGGAGUGGGGAGAAGAAAUUGAGGAGCUUUGAUAGAGAAAUCUCCAUGGUAACAACAGGCUUUUGCUUUCUUCGCAGUGUAUUGAGAUCUCUCUUCUGAUUGGUCCCAAAUAUUUUCCCUAUUUUUUUAUAUAUAAUUGGCUAUUCUGCGUCAAUCAGAGGUAAAGAAAUCUAUUCACAUAAAAAUUUUCAAGUAAUGCUCAUGGUAGGUAUCUAGUUGUCAGUGCAUAACAGGUUCUUGCCAGAGAUUUAUUUCAAACUGCUUCUCAGAGAAGGAGGAGUGCUCUGGAAAACUGAAGAUGAAUAUGAAACUAGAAAAUCAGCAUGGUCAGCAGCAGCAGGAGCAGCAGCACCAGCAGGAACAGCAGCAGCCGCAGCAGCGGCAGCAGCAGCAGCGGCAGCAGCAGCGGCAGCGGCAGCAACAGGGGCAGCCGCAACAACAGCGGCAGCAGCAGGGGCAGCCGCAGCAGCAGCGGCAGCCACAACAGCAGCGGCAGCCGCAGCAGCAGGGGCAGCUGCGACAGCAGGGGCAGCUGCAGCAGCGGCAGCAGCAGGGGCAGCCGCGACAGCAGCAGCAGCAGCAGGGGCAGCCGCGACAGCAGAGGCAGCAGCAGGGGCAGCCGCGGCAGCAGCGGCAGCAGCAGGGGCAGCCGAGGCAUCAGAGGCAGCAGCAGGGGCAGCCGCAGCUGCAGCAGCAGCAGCAGCAGCAGCAGGGGCAACCGCGACAGCAGCGGCAGCAGCAGGGGCAGCCUCGGCAGCAGCGGCAGCAGCAGGGGCAGCCGAGGCACCAGCGGCAGCUGCAGGGGCAGCCGCAGCUGCAGCGGCUGCAGCAGCAGCAGCAGCAGCUGCAGCAGCUACAGCAGCAGUGCCAGCAGGAGCAGCUUCAGCAACAAUGUGAGCAGCAGUUGCUGCAACAGCAGCAAUGCCAGCAGGAGCAGCAGCAGCAGCAGCAGCAGCAGCAGCAGCAGCAGCAGCAGCGGAAAAGGAGAAAAAACAGAAGGAGCCGGCGGAGCAGGAAGAGCAAGAGGACCAGAAGGACCAGGAGAACCAGGAACACCAGGAGGAGGAGAAGAAGGAAUAAUGAGUGACUGUGUCUACAUGUGUGGGAGGAGUUUGCUGGGAAAGGAAUAUUGCUUCUUUGGAGAAAUGUAUACUCAAAGAUUUAUCGUUUAGG